AUGCUCCACUUCAACCCUAGCUCCCUCUUCUUCCCGUCAAAACCCAGUUCUGUAACUCAGCUCUCGCCGGCCGGUCCCACUUUUUCCCGCUGUUUUGCAGUCGGAGGCGACGUCCCCGCCGGGCCAGACUUCCCCAGGUGGUUCCCCUUCAUUUCUUCUUCUUCUGCUGCUGCUGAUGCCGCGGGCAUCCGGAUUGGGAAAGACUCCGACGGCGGCGGAGGAGGAGUUGGUUACGGCUCCGGUGGAGUGGACGGCGGCUUGUCCCAGAGGUUGAACGCGAGGGAGAAGAAAUGGUCGAGGAAUAGAGAUAGCUACUUGGUGGAUGAUGAGGAUGUGCUCCCUCUUCCCAUGUCUUAUCCCAAUACUAAACCCGUCACCCCAGAGGAGAUUGAUAAGCGAUUGAGAUGUGACACUGAAAUUGAGGAUUGCAGGGAAGUGGUUUAUGAAUGGACUGGAAAGUGCAGGAGUUGCCAAGGGUCAGGGGAUGUCAGUUAUUUUAACAAGAGAGGGAAGGAGGUUAUCUGCAAAUGCGUGCCUUGCCAAGGGAUCGGAUAUGUGCAGAAGAUUACUGCUCGGAAGGACAUUGAAGUAAUGGAGAACUUGGACAACGGAAAGCCACCAUGAGAUCGAUCAUCGUGUUUCUUUUAGGUUCAGACUUCAGAGUAUACUUCCCAUGAAUUCUGGUUUUCGUACAGAACUAUAUAGAGAUUGACAAGCAUAUCUUGACAUGGAGAAUAUAGGGCAAAAAGUGAUGGGCAAAGGGCUUCAAAUUUGUUAACCUUUUUGAAAAGGAAUCUAUUCUUUCCGUUGAGCUUCUUCAACCACAGCUUUCUUUUUCCAUAUGUACAUCUCUUGAAGAGGUUCCUCGCAGGUUGAUCUCAGGAAUAAAAGAAAGCCCUCUUUACUUUAUUCUUUGCUUUCCACCUUCCUUUAUAAAUAUGCAUGGAG